AUGUCGCUUGCCAUGAUAUCUGAAGAGGAGUAUGGCCAAGUCCUAUCCGACUUUCUAAAGCAAGUCGGGUUUCGAAUGCCCUCUAUUGGCUACGAUUCCUCCCUCGAGCAACCUGUGAUUGCGUAUGGCAUCCACGCAACCUUUGUUCUUUUUAUUGAUGAUAUUGUUGCGGAGUUGGGGCAAUCAUUGGAUCACUUCCAGCAGAAUCUUGUGCGAGGUAGAUGUCAGGAACAUUCCGUCCUGCAAUCCUUGGUGGAUUUCCUCGUACUGGAAGACGGAUACAUGGGCUCAUACGGCCGCUCGAUGAUGCUGAAAUCUACCAUUGAAUUUGUCAGCGGAUGCAUCAUUGAACGAGACUAUGAUGGUAAGAUGCGACCGCCGUCUAAAGCGAUAACGUUCCCAGACUAUCUACGUCAGAAAACCGGCUACACUGAACCCUACGCCCAUUUCGUCUACCCCGAAGAGAUGUUUCCGGAGGCAACUCAUUUACCACUCUAUCUGCCAAUCAUCCAAGACCUCUGUGAAUUUAUCAGCUACCGAAACGACAUUCUUUCUUUCUUCAAAGAAUCCGUCAUAGGCAAUGAAAGGCUGAACUACAUCUGCAAUGUGGCUUUUGUCAACGACCUUUCUCCUGCCAAUGCAUUACGCUUGGUAUGCCACAACGUGGCGGAAAACAUCAAACGCAUACGCACUGUCCUUUCGGGUCACCCAUCUAUGCUCAAAGUCACUGAAGAAUUUCUCUGCGGAUAUAUCGCCUGGUACAUCAACCAAGAUCGUUAUCAUUUGACGCACAUUACAAUUCGAGACGCGGAUGAUAAGAUCAGUCAGCGAACAACACGGCCCGUAUCGGAUUCAGUUGAUAUGACCAGCACCCUGGGAACAUUGCAACGAAGUGGUACCAAGAGGCAAUACACUUUAGCCGCUUGUAUUUGA